CUGCCUUAUUGACUUCAUUUGUGUUUUGAGAACCUAUCUUGUCAAUAACAUUUUUCAGUGGCUACAUGUCUCCUGAGUAUGCAUCCAACGGAUACUUCUCGGUGAAAACUGACGUCUUUAGCUUCCGCGUCCUCGUCCUGGAGAUAGUGAGUGGACAGAAAAAUAGGGGAUUUCAUCACCCAGAUCGAAACCUUAACCUCCUCGGGCAUGCAUGGAUACUUUGGAUAAAAGGAACACCAUUGGAACUGAUUGAUGAAUGUUUAGCUUUCUCGAGCAAUUCAUCUGAAGUGUUAAGAUGCAUUCAUGUGGCUUUAUUAUGUGUUCAGCAACGACCAGAAGAUAGGCCAAACAUCUCAACAGUGGUUCAAAUAUUAUACAAUGAAAAUCCAUUGCCUCAGCCUAAACAACCUGGUUUUUUCAUGGGAACUUGAACAAGACAGUUCAUCAAAUCAGAUGGAAGUUUACUCUUCAAAUGAAGUUAGUUUGACAAUAUUAGAGGCACGGUAGAUUUUCAUUUGUGACAAUUGAAGAAAAAGUAUGGUGAUCAGACAAGUGCAAUCUAGCCACAAGACUGACCUCUGUUUUUGCUGUUCACUAUUUCAGAACAGAGUGCUACACCAGUUAAAACUAGUUAAUGUAUCUGUAUUGGAGCAGAAUCUCUCUGUGCUACCAUCAUUACUAUCGAUUCAUGAGAUUUUAUUGAUAAAAACCCAAAAAGCAGUUGCUUACCCCUCCACAAAGAGAA